AUAAAAUAAAAAUGAAAACCAAUCCAAGAAGUGGGUCCCACAGGUAUAUGCCCCUUCCAUCUCCCUUCCACCCACCGGGCACACGUGCUUCACAAAUAUGUACUCUUUUAUAUACAGCUCACUCCUUUCUCUUCACCAAAUACAUUCUUAUCCUACGCCUCCCCACUCUCUCCGCCGGCGCACGUUAUCUCAUGGCCGUUGUUCGUGACCGCCGUCACCUCAAUCUCCGCCUCCCUCUCCCGGAGCCCUCCGAACGCCGCCACCGCUUCCCUCUCCCCCUCCCUCCUUCCGCCAACUCCGCCGCCGCCGCCCCCACCAAUUCCGCCGCCGCCAUCUCCGCCGCCGACCUCGAGAAGCUUCAAGUCCUCGGCCACGGGAACGGCGGCACCGUCUACAAAGUCCGGCACAAGCACACCUCCGCGAUCUACGCCUUGAAAGUCGUCCACGGCGACAGCGACCCGGCCUUCCGCCGCCAGAUCCUCCGCGAGAUCUCGAUCCUCCGCCGCACAGACUCCCCCCACGUCAUCAAGUGCCACGGCGUGUUCGAUAUCCCCGGCGGCGACUUCGCCAUCUGUAUGCAGUACAUGGACAUGGGAACCCUAGAAACCCUACUCAAAAACGGCGUCGUUUUCACCGAGGACCUCCUCGCCAAAAUCUGCCACCAAGUACUCAGCGGCCUCGAGUACCUACACGCGCACAAAAUCAUCCACCGCGAUCUGAAGCCGUCGAAUCUGUUAGUCGAUCAGAAAAUGGAGGUCAAAAUCUCCGAUUUCGGUGUCAGCAAAAUUAUGCAGAGAACAUUGGAUCCGUGUAACUCGUACGUGGGCACGUGCGCGUACAUGAGCCCGGAGCGGUUCGACCCGGAUACAUACGGGUCGAACUAUAACGGGUACGCGGGAGAUAUAUGGAGCUUGGGUCUAACCCUGUUGGAACUCUACGUCGGCCACUUUCCGUAUUUGGCGCCGGGGCAGAGGCCCGACUGGGCUACGCUAAUGUGCGCCAUAUGCUUCGGCGAGCCGCCCAGCCUGCCGGAGAGUACCUCGGAUAAUUUCAGGAGCUUUAUCGAGUGCUGUUUGCAGAAGGAUUCGAGUAAGAGGUGGAGUGCCACGCAGCUUCUGUCGCACCCUUUCGUCUGCAAUAUCGAGCCGAAGUCGGUGUGAAGUUGCGGCGGCGAUUUGUGGUGGCCGGAAAUUUUGAAAUCCUGCGGCGGUGCUGCGGUGGCGAAGUAGUGAAUUUCAUUUUCUUUUUAGAAAAAUCCGGUGUAUAUUCUUUACUCUGUUUCUGAAUCUCUUUUCUUACAAGGAGUUAUCCAUUUCAGCAGUCAAUAAUCAAUUAUUACUGUAGAAAUUGCGAGAAAUUAAUGUAAAUCGCUUUUAACUAAUCAAUUUAUUAAUCAAAUCCGAUUUACUAAA